AUGUCUAGAAAAAACCAUCGAAGUGAAAAGUUGCUCAAAUUAAUUCCAGGACUUGAAGUAUCAAAAAACAAUAACAUGCCUCCACCCAGUAAAAAUCACAAACAUGAUUGUUAUGACAACAAACGUACAUUGAGGCCGAGAUAUAAUCCGCCCUCAAUAUCCAUACCUAAUACCAGUAGUGACGAUUCAUUUAUGGAUACUCCUGGCAAUGAGAAGAACAGAGAUGAAACUUAUGUUCCAGUUACAGAUGACGAUACUACGGACAGUUUAUAUCUAAACGACGACUUGUCGGCUUCUUUGAAUAAUAUGUCUAAUUGCACCCGAGAUUUGACUUCUGGAAGUAUUUCAUUGGAACUGAACACCGAUGAAAUACAUUUGAUAGACCAAGUUACUAUUGAUGCUUUAAAUAAAUUGGAGCAGUCUCAGUACCAUGAAAAUGUAUUGGUUCCAACAAUUGAAAGUGUAGACCCGUAUGUAAGCAAAAAUCAUACCGUAACAAGUCAGUCUUCAUCGCCAGGUCAGAGCUCUAAUCCUUCGAUACGAGACCUAGUACCCACAACGUCGACAUAUACAGCUGAUAAUGAUAGUCCCAGUUCUUAUGACAGCCAUCACUCAGACUACUUAGAAAUUGAUAAUAGUGACCAAGAUGAAACAUACCAUCCUGCAUCUACUCCAACGUAUUCCGACUCUUCUAAUGACGCUAGUUUUAAAGAAGUAGCAGGAGAUAGCUUGAUAAAUACUAAGGGUAUAUCACCUAUAAGAUGUUUAAGAGGAGACAAAAAAAUAUAUGUGGAACCCAUGAGUAGUGCUGAUUAUACGGAAGUAAAAAGUUCCAAUGAAUUAGGAAAAAAGAAAAAAAGAACAAGAACCAAAGAUUAUUGCUUUUAUUGUGAAACUGAUGUUUUAAAUUUUGCGAGGCAUAUUGCACGGAAUCACACCAUGGAAUGCGAGGUACAAAAAAUCCUAUCAUACCCCAAGAAAACGGAGACAAUUUACUGUCGCAUACUUUUAUUAAAUAGGCGUCGACCUGGAGAACUGCAGCGUCUUCUCCUUAGCACAUACCAAGAGUGCCAUAAUAAUAGUAAUGCCUAUGAAGAAUUUGGUAGAGCUAUUUCAGAUGCUGAAAAAAUGCUAAUUAAAUCUUUUAAGCGUAUAGUUAUAAGGGGUAAAAGGGGCCGAGGUGUGCCGGCUCUACUGACUGACGAAGUGCAAGCCGACAUUGACUUACUUAUAUCUAUCAGACAGAAAUAUAUUAGUAAUAAAAACCAGUUCCUAUUUGCAAAGCCUGGGUCGGAAAACACAUUAUGUGGGUAUAAAGUAUUGGAGAAGUAUGCUAAUGCUAGUGGAGCUAAAAAUCCUACAGCAAUAACCACUACCAAGUUACGGAAACAUUUGGCAACGCUUACGCAAAUGUUUAAUAUGAAAGAAACCGAUAUUGAACAAUUGGCUAAUUUUAUGGGUCAUACUCAGGCUGUGCAUAGGCAAAACUAUAGAUUGCCUGAUGAUGUGUAUCAGACAGCUAAAUUAUCCAAACUCUUGCUGCUAAUGGAAAGUGGUGACGCUGAUUAUUAUAAAGGCAAAUCUUUGGAUGAUAUUGAUUUAGAUUUAGAACAAGAUUUUUUACAAGAUACGCAUGAAGACAUCGAUCAAAAUGAUGAAAUAAUGGAAUACGAAGCUGUAAUGCCUACAGAAAACCUAAACGAGCCGAUUAUUGACGCCAAUGUGCAUGACAGUACAUUAAAGACACCUCAGCUUUGUGAGAUUACGAAUUCUACUGAAAAUAAAACUAAGAAGAAACGAAACCUGGUUCCUUGGACAGCACAACAAAAAAAUAUUGUUACAAAGUUUUUUAGCAAACACAUAAAAAGUCAAGUACCACCAAAACGCCAUGAAUGUGAAGAACUGCGUGAUCUAUAUCCUGACAUUAUGCACAACAAAGAUUGGUUGAAAACUAAAGUUUUCGUACAAAAUGCCUACACAAAAGGAAAGAAAUAG